UAAUCGCAUGUUCAGACACAUUUUUCUUCUUGUGUAUCAGUAUAACACAGUUGUUUAGUCAGAAUGUAUUUUCCUUCAAAACACUUUUUUGAAAACACUAACUAUGCAGUAUAUAUUGAACACGUUUUGUACUGUAGUUCUUUUGUGUUAAUUUUGUGUGAGGUUUAAAGCAACAAAUUCAAAAUCAUAAUGGCAUUGUCAAUGGUACCCCCUUUAUAUGGGACACCUAAUACUGUAAAUGCCAGACAUUACCACAGAUUGCUUGAUCUACACGACUGCGCAGCAGAAACUCUACGAAAGUAUCUCGAACAAGAAAUUACUAACCAAGGAUCAACCCUUCAAGUAUUUUUAAAACAAGACAAAGUUAAACACAAGAUUGAAAGCAAUUCUCUUUUCCCAGCGCAAAAAGACAUACUUUCUAGUGAGAAUCCGUCUUACGAAUCAUUAGACAUUUCCCUUUUAUCCAUUUUGAUUUUAGAAGUUUGCAGCCCUGUUGAAGUUGUUUCUCAAUCUGUAAGACAGCUUAGAAAACAGAGAAAUGAAUUAUCACAUAAUGUUAAAGGGGAGGUCAAUGGAAGCCAGCCGUUUAAUGUGGCUAGUCAAGAAAUAUUGAAAAUUUCCGCGGAAAUAGGAGACGAUUUCAAGGACAAAAUGUUGCGACAGAUGCACGAUAUUCGAAAUCGAGAAAUGGUGCGGACACACACGAACUUGGAACAAAUCGUGAUAAAUGGCGAAUACUUUAUGGUUAAGCUAGUUGAAUCUUCGCCAAAUGAACAAGAAAGCCAAACUGCCAUAGAAACGAGAAUAAAACUCAAUUUGUCACGAUGGAUACGACAGCUUUCACGAAUGGACAAAUUGAGUAUAUUUCUUCAAAGUUUGAAAGAUGCGGGUGUUAUAAGUGAAACACAGAAGUUGACAAUCGAGACAGAGUUCCAGAAUUGCAGCCAAAUGCAAAUGCUUGUUUUGUUCGUUCAGAAUGAAACCAAAGCAAAUCUAUUUAAAUUCUGUAAGGUCUUGAGAUCAAUUCAUCCAUUGUUGGCAAACUUGAUUGAGGGGACCGACACAGAUGGCAUUGACAUUGAUGAAUAUCUUGACCGCGAUGAAACCUUAGAAAUCGAACAAAUCCUUCGAUCUUCCUUAACGAGUUGCAUUGGUGCUACAGUUACGUGUGAGAAAAUCCAUGUCAUCGUUGAAGACAAAAUGAAAUCGAGCAUUUGUUUCGACAAAGUGAAAACGUGUCUGCUUAACAUGUUUAAACAAGCUACAUACACCACGAAAGAAAAAUGUUUUGUUGGCGUUCAGGAAACUUCACAAUUUGUCUGUUCUUCAGAAAAAUCAGAAAACUCUUCAGCGUCAAAAGAGAUUUCUUCCAUGCCGAUUGAAGAUUUUGCUAAGGAAAUGGGGGAGCGAAUGGGAAGAUUGAAACCAGAAUUAAAAGGUUUGUUUCGGGAUGCAGUUUUUAGUGAGGCAAUUUUACCUCAAAUAUUUGUUAGUAUGCCUCCUGAAGAUUUAGAAAAAGUGUUUGGAAGCUAUCUAGGAGACAUCAAGUUUGGAUAUGGUAUACAACACGAGUUAAAGUCUUUUCAAAAGCAAAUACAAGACCAGCUUGCAACAUCUCCGCCAUUUAUGUCGAAGGUAGUAUCUUUAAGAAAGUUUGAUACACCUGCAUCUAGCGAAGUCAAGUACCGAAAAGGAACAGCCAGACCAGCUCAUGGAAAUAUUUUGGUGCCAGUUCACGAAUUCCGAGCAACUAUGAAUGCAUCAAAACAUUCAAUAGCAAGAGAAGUAUUGCGGUUCGUGGCUGCUUGUAUGAAUUCAAGAAAAAAUGGAACAAUUCAUUUCGGAAUCAAAGACAACGGAGAUGGAUGUGGUACAAUAGAAGGAAUUUCAAGUCUUUCUUUCACUACUAAAGAAUUAGACGUUCUCAUAGCAAGGUACAUAUCUGAAAGCUUUUGUUUGCACAGCCAGAAGGCAUUACUGUGUUUGAGACCGACUCAGGCGAUCUCGAUGAUGGAUUCAGAAAACGUUGUGCUUGAAAUCGAUGUCAUUCCGUCUUCAUAUUAUUGUCCAAAGGAAAUAUUUUCAAUUUGCUUUCCGCCAAAGGGACCAUAUGAUACUGUGUAUUUUGUUUAUGACAUGAAUCCAAGAUGCAAUAUAGUUACGAUUGAUGAAUCUAAGAUCUGUUCUGUACGGUGCAUAUAUGCAGACAGAUAUGAGGAGAGACGAACCUUGGAAAAAGAAAGUAUUUCGGAAAGUAAGAAGGACAAAUUCCUUGAAAGAACAUUGGCAAUUUCGCUUACAGGUAAAGGAAAAAAAUAUGUUACGGACGAAUAUGUUCCAAUAAUAGUCACUGGGAAAAUCGGUAGACAAAAUGAAAUUGAGUUCAGGAAGCAGUUGAAAAUGGAUCUAGCAUUCAAAUCAUCUUGUUAUAUAAUUGACAUGGAUUCAUCUUCUACAUUGAGAGCUGAUAUAGAAAAAGACACACUUAUCUUCAAUGUUAAAACUGCGGAAGACUUUUUGAAGACGGACAGACCUGAGCUACCAAACGAGCCGAUGUGGCUGUAUUGCAAUGGCUACGACGAGAAGAACUUGGGUGCGAUGAAAGUUAAAGAAUGGACAGACUGCAGAUUACCAGGAAUACAACUUGCCUUGAACAUGAUAAGGGACAAUAUUCCUAAAGAACGUGCGUUGGUUAUAUUCAUGGUUUAUCAACAGCAAACCAAAGUAGAUCCAAUUUUUGAGCUGGCCAGAGAUAUGAUGAGAUCAUCGUUUCGGCGUGAGUGCGUCGUCGUUUCAAGCAAUGAAGGCAACAUCAAAGAUAUCAAAAAUGAAAUAUCGUAUCUGGUGGAUGACCAUCAUUUUCAUACGGGCCUUUCAUGGGAAGCUAUCUCAGGCGUCGUCAAUUCAGUGUUUCGCCCUAAUCCGAACGUCGUGUGCAGGCUCCCUUGUAGCUACGGUGGACACUUUGUAGAAAUGACUACAAAGGAGAGAUCUGAAAUGAAACUUACCGACAUUGAAAUAUUGAGUGGGGAGGAAUGUCAAAAAGAAUACGAAAAAAUGACCAAAGAUGAACGUCUUAGACAUGAGCAAGAAGUACAGGAAAAUUAUUAUAAAGGGAGUGGUGUGUCAUGGUGGAACUUCUUUUAUGAUAACCAAGUUGGGAAACGCAAGGACCUUGCUUCACACCAGGAGGAUAUAUAUGACAAGUUGAAUUCAAAAGAAGGAGAAGCGUUGAUUGAAAUCCAUGAAAUAGAACACCAUCCCGGUGCAGGAGGAAGUACAUUAGGAAGACACCUAUUAUGGAAGCUAAGUCAGUUUAAGGGUGUUCCGAAAAAUUCAUUCCGCUGUUGUGUGGUGAGAAACAUAACAGAAAAGACUGUUGAACAGAUCGAGCGUUUCAGAGCGUUUAGGGAUCCGAAAGACCCGAAACCGUUUAUAGUUCUUGUUGACAACAAGGGCGAAGAUGGUGUUAUGUUGCUGCGGUCAAAGUUGCACGAGGCUGCCUACAAAACUAGCACACCGGGGAAACUGUUCUGCUUAAUCAUACUGAUUAACAGGGUGCCGAUUUCAAACGAGAAAACAGCUUCAACUUCAAAACAAAAGCGUCUUUUAAGACACAAUCUUAGUGGAAAGGAAUUACAAUGGUUUGAAAACAAAUACAAAGAGCUAGAGGACAAGAAAACUAUUGACGUUGAAACGUUGAUUGCUUUCAAUGUCAUGAGAAAAUCCUUCGACAAAACGUAUAUAAAUAAACUCACUUCAGAGAUGAUGAAAGGAGUUACUGAAACAGAAUUUGAAGUACUUAAAUGUCUGUCUGUCAUAUCGUCAUAUGAAAGCGAUCACCCCGUGCCACAAUCAGUGUUUGAUUCCUUUAUGGAGGAGCAAUCAAAUAUAGGUGCCUUAGUGCAAGCUCCAUAUGGUAUAGCUCAUUCCGUAAAAGAAUUACGGAAAAUGUCUGAGAGGAGGAAAGGCAUAUGGAAUGUCACAAUGUCUGAAGCGAUGUCGCUACUUGUAACCAAGCGCGACGAUGCUGACCUUUACAAUGGAGGAAUUUGUAUUAUAUCACAACCAUUUGCCAAGUCAAUUUUACACCACAUCAUGACAAAAACGUGCAGUUCCUUGGAAGACAUAGUUGAGCAUGUUCUUGAUGUAGUGUCGAAGCGAAAGAGUGAAGGAAAUCCAAUGUCGAAACGCUUCGUAAAAAUCGUUUGCAGCUUGUUUAAAACAAGGCAAUUUGAAGACAGCAACAAACCAGAGACAAAGCUUAAGUUUUCAGAUUUAGUUUUAGAUCUUGAGAAAGACAAAGCUUCAUUGAGCGGAUCGGAAAAGGUGCCGAAGACAAUGAAGAGGUGCUUUGAAAUUACGGAGGACGCCAUGGUGGGACAACAAUUAGCAAGGUACAAUAUUCACAUAAAUGAUUAUGCGAGUGCUGAGCGCGAAAUCAAAAGAUCGCUGGAACUGAAACCGGGGAAUUCCUACCUUCUAGACACAUACGGUCAAAUUUUCAAAUCAAAAAUGGAGUACGUGCUGGACGCGCACUCUUCUUCUGAAAAGCUUGACCAACACAGAACUGCUGAAGUGAUCAAUCUGGCGUUUGCUGCGAUCGAAAAAUUCAAAGAAGGCCAGGAAAUAGCAAAGAAACAGGAUGAUGACACAAAUAUGAGUUGUUUUUAUAUGGAGGUAAAAACAGCAGUGUUUCUUCUGGAAAAGUUUCAAAAAUUCGACAACUUUCAAAAACGAGAUGAACUUUGUAGGUUUUUGACUGAUAUGUCUUUUCCUAUCAACAAUUCAAAUUUCCUUGGAUUGAUUCAAGUUUGUCCGAGAAUAGAAGACCUUAGAAAAGAUAGUGAAUGGCAGCAACAUCUUGAAUCAUCACUUAGGUGUUUAGAAGAGACAAACUAUCAAAUCAAACGUCAUCUAUACACUGUGUAUACUGAAGAUGAAACGUUGCUUUUGAAAUUGAGAGAGCGUUUCGAACGAUUUUACGGCGCAAUAGAUGAAAGAAGCAAAUAUAAAUUCAAUUUCGGCAUUGGCCUCAAGCCAUUGAUGACAGCUGCUGAAAAGAAAUCAGCUAAGUUACAGUGUAGAGUAGAUGAGGCACGAAAAAACCUCCACGAACUUAAUCACAGUGAUGUCAGAGAUUUGUUAGUGUAUUUAGGAUACAAUAUCAUCACCUUGUCUGAUAGGUCGAGCAAGGCGAAAGGUGAGCAAUGUUCACUUGAAGAGUAUGGUCGUUUAUUAAGAUACAGUACAAGACUAGUAGAUAAGCAAAGACGAGAAAAGGCUGGACGAAAAUACCUUGAGUCUUUCCUAUACUUUGCUAUGCUCCAUUGGCCCUUACAGAAAAGGCUUGAUCUCAACGAAGAUGUUCUUUCACCUGGGGGAACAUACGAUGAUUUGAUGAAAGAAUGGGAGGAAACGUACAAAAACAACCACUUCAUUAAAACUUUAGAGCAGUCGAGAUUCAAGAAACCGAAAAAUUACUUUGCGUUGGGCAGGGGAACACCAGGCAACGAUAUAGUAGACCUUGAAUCAAUAAGAAAAAAGUGGAUGGACAGGAAGAAAGAAGAAGGUCGACAUAGGCGCCCAGUAUUUGGAGACAACUUUUGGCGGGAAGGUUUCGUUGAGGCAAGCUUAGAACGCUUGGAGGGCGUUGUUGACGGCAAUGGUUGCACAAUCAUUCACACGGUAAAGUAUCCAAACAACAGGGAGCACACGUUUAUGAUAAACACAUAUUAUCCUUGCGAUGGUUAUAGCAACAGACCGGUAACGUUCGUUCUUGGAUUCACGUGGAAAGGACCUACGGCAUUUGACGUUCGUGAGAAGGAAAUAGAGUCACAGAAGAGGGCUGUUGCUAUGGUUGAUAAUCCACAUUCAUCCAGUGUUGGAACGAUGGCAAAUGAAAAACUACAACACCACGAGCAUGCACCCACACCACGUACUGAGACAGGAGAACGACCAGCAAAAGUGGAAUGUUCGGCUGGCGCACAGGCAGUAGAACCAAGAAGUGAAGGGACUGAACUCACUACAGAAAAUGUAUCUAGCCGGCGAAAACGUAAAAACAAAAAGAAGUCUUCACAGAACACCUUUGGAAAAUAAGGCAAAGCAUGAACGACCUGCACGGGGAAAUCACACUAACAUCCAAAGGAUGUGUUUUGUAUCGUCCUCAGUAAAGACUCGAUGAGAUGUUUCAAGCUACAUGUGUUGUGAUAUGCUCCUAUUUCUCAAGUCAAGUUAAAUGUUACUGAAAUGAGUCUGAAGAAAACGGCUGUUCGUAUUGUUGAAUGCUUACAGUACAAUAAUAGAUAACCUUGACAUGUUGUUUUGUUCAAUGUUCGUCUUUUGACGUUUUGUUGAUAUGCUGUUUUUAGUAGUUAUCAUAAAAGUGAUUAUGCACAUUGAUUUACAAUUAUAUUUUGUAAACUUGAAUGUUAUGAAAUCAACAAUUAUGUUUUAUCAAGUAUUUAAGUUCGGAUAAGGAUAAGUUACUGCUCCUUUGUCUGACCUUGGCAAACAUAACUGGUUUUAUUUAUCAAAUUUUAUGAUAUGUGUUUAUACUUUAUUAGGAAUAAUAAAAAGCGGUAGAAUACGAUUUGAAAAGCCAACUGUUUGCUAUAUAAUAUAUUAAUAACUGUAUUCUAUAUGAAACGUAAACGAAAGCAGUGCUGGAGAAAACAAUUAGUGAACUUAUUUCAGGUACAAUGCCAUUUGACUAUAUCGGCAUGUUUUUCCAAUAUAUAUGCAAAAAGCUACAGAAACAUGCUCAGUAGCAAAAAGUUUAAACAUAAGCCCGGUUUAGUGGCACUGGGCAAACGCCAAAGACAUAGAACACAAAAUCAUAAACAAGAAACAUAGAACAGCACAAAACUCCACAAACAGCACAGUGCAUAAAUACUAUAUAUAUAUAUAUAUAUAUAUAUAUAUAUAUAUAAAUAAUUGAUAUAUUACUAAUAUAUUAAUUGAUAAAUUUACUGGGGGUUUAAACCAAUUUAUGUGCAAAAACUACCGAUCACAGUCUGUACAACUGGAAAUAAUGACACGAUUAAAUGUAAAUGCUAAUUUAGUAUUAUUAUUAGUUUGAUUAGUAUUGAUGAUAAAUAGACAUAAGAUAAAACAUAACAUGUUCUGUAGCAAUAUAAAGUACCUCUUGACCACCAAAAGUAAAUGUUUUCACAUCAUUCCUUUGUGUCUAUUUUGUAUGUCAUAAAUGAACAAGUAUAUAAGUCUAAUUCAGCGAUGAUAACGCCGUCACAAUUGUAUAAUGGUUUGGCGAUGAACCGCAUUUCCAGCUGUUAUGUUGGAUUUCAGAUUUCGGUAACCAAUUGUUCAUAGUUAUCCUAGGUGUGUAUUUCCAAGUACGUGUCGCCUUAUUUGUCUAUAGGUCAUUCUUUUAACUGUACUCUAAUGCUUUUUAUGAAUUGUUUAUGGCAGUACUGUUCAGGGGUGACAUUUGAUUGCUGUAUCAAAACAUAUUUACGGUUAGAUUCUAGCUUUUUCAUCAAUUUAAAUUGUGCAUUAUGAUUCUAGUCAUAGAAAGGUCCAAUUUAUAUAGAGUAUGGAAAUCGGGUUUUACUAUUCUCAAUGAUAGUAAAAUGUGUAUGAUUGGUUAAAGUUGGCGCAAUAUGCAAAUUAAAUUGUUUUACAUUUAUAACAAUAAGUGUAAUGUAUUAUUAUUUAUUUAAAUAUUCAUGUAGAUGUUUUUUGUACUAAUAUCAGGUACAUUAUGACUAAUUUCACUACGUAUGCAUGUGUGUUGCUUGUCGCAUGCUCCAAAAAAUCAGUAGUCGUCUUUUAUUUUAAAAUUAAAAUUAAACAGUUUUUCAGGCAUAUCCGCAUUUAUUUAUUUCGACUAUGUUUAAUUUCCCUUCCUUAUCAACAUAACGAUAAUUUAAUUUAAGUAAAGCAAUGUCAGUAAUUUUGUUGGCACCAUUCACAUAACAUUCUUAUUUAAUUAUUAAAAAUAUCCUUAUUUUUGUUGAUCAUUUUUAGGUGUCAUUUUUACGUAUAUCAAGUGCAAAAUACAAAUUCGUUUGAACAAAAAAUGAUGAUCACCAUAAUAUUGUAAUAUACUUGUGGUAGGUACAUAAAUUUUAAUAUAUAGUAUGGCAUACAUAUCGAUGCAUCUAGAUGUUGUUUUUAACAAUCGUUUGGACCAAUAUCGCAAUCAGAAACCAAAAAUUUGUUCUUUGUUCUUAAAAUACCAAUGAAUGGAAUUUUCAUAUUUGUUUUUGUAUGUGAUUUUAACAACAUGCAGUGCAUGCGUUUAUUAUAAAUUGCAUAUACCUUCAAGAUAAUGUGUUAUCGUCGAGAAUAUUUUCUUACCAUAAGGCAUUCAUUAUACAUUUCAUAUAAAGGAUAUGACAGGUAUUGCCAUGGCAAUGUCUUCUUCAGUUUACUGUGAUAAGUGGCUGCUUAUAUUUUUCAUGACAGAAAAAUAAUAAGUAUGCAUGACAGAUGUAUUAAAUGUCUUGUUGAAGAAAUUAUAUAAUUUUAUCUUUUUUAAAAAAACAGCUACAUCUAUGUAUUUGGCAUAGUGUGAUGUUUUGUUGUUAUUAAGUGAGUUAUAUUUUUCUCACUACUUGUUAUAAAGUUUUUAUUGUGCAUUUUACAUACUACAAAGCCAACGUUUUAAAAUUUCUCCUUUAUUUUCAAUAAUUUCAUAAAAUGUUGAAUAAUCGUUGUUGGGAUCCCGAAGCUGGCAUUCAGAGAAUAUUUCAUUUUUGUUUUUAAAUUUGACCUUUAAGCAAACCGUUGUUUAGGAUAGGGUAUUUUUCAAUCAAUAAUGAUUUGGUUCUUCAAUAUGCAAUAAUUAAGUGUCAAAUAUCCUAACUCAGAUACCCUAAGACUUUUAAUAAAUAUGGUUUGAAUAAGUAUAAUCCUUAUUUUCUGUGUUCAAAAUGGAUACUGUACAAUAUGACAUUCCAUAUCCAAAAGACUUUCAAUUGAAUUUUAAAGAUCAAUGAUUUGCACACAAAAAAAAACUGAUUUUGUUUUGGCAAAAUGAAUUGAGAUCUGGUUUGAAACAUUUCUUGGAAUUUCAAUUUUAAAAGCAAACAGUUUUUUAUCAUUGGUUCUAUUGUACGUGAAUCACAGAUUGUUUACGAUUUAUAUGUUGUAACAGUUGUUUGUUGUUAUUAAACUAUUGCCUGUUAAAUGAAAACCGAAAUACAGUAGAUUAAAAAAUGA